CAAGGAGAGAGAACUGUGCGAGCUUGCAUCGGGAGCGGUGCGUGGGAGUUGUUCUCUCUCUCUCUCUCUCUCUCUCUCUUUCUCUACCUGCCAUUUGCAUUCCUUCUUUAUUCUCCACACUCAUCCACGGACGAGUUCGGGCGCACAGGGAGUCCCAUUAAACCCAGGGAGGAUCGCGCUGUGUCUCUGCUCGUCGCGCGUGCGUGCAUGUGUGCGCAUGUAUGUGUGUGGGUUGCCUGUUUUUUAACUACAGCUGUCAUCUUUAAAGCAUCGGUGCUGCCGCUGUGGAGAAACUCAUUGGGAAUCUGCAAAGGAAACGACUGGCUGCUGUCUUUUUUUUUCCCACCCUGCCUCUUCUUCGUUCGCUCUUUUUUUUCCCUGAGAGCUGUCUUUCAAGGCGAUGGACUUGAGAUAGUGCGUCUCAAUUUGAGUGUUGGUGGCUGGGAGUUGCCGUCGGGGAGAAAUGCGAAAGGAUGCUUGGAUUCAGUGAAGCCUACAGCAGGUAACCGAUAAGAUGGUGGCCCGGGAAGCGACUGGGCACAGCUACCUGGUGGUUUGCUGGCAGCCCAUUCUGAUCCUGAUGCUGGGCACCGUGCUGUCUGGCUCCACCACAGGCUGUCCAUCCCGCUGUGAGUGCAAUGUUCAAGAGCGCUCUGUGAUGUGCCACCGCAAGAAGCUCAUGACAGUCCCUGAGGGCAUCCCCGCAGAAACGAGACUGCUGGACCUCAGCAAGAACCGCAUAAGAACCAUCAACCCUGACGAGUUUUCUACCUUCCCAAACCUCGAACACCUGGAGCUGAGUGAAAACACCAUCUCCACCAUCGAACCUGGAGCUUUCAACAACCUUUAUGGCUUGCGGACAUUGGGACUGCGCAGCAACAAGCUCAAGCUGAUUCAGCUUGGCGUCUUCACUGGCCUGAGCAAUCUCACACAGCUGGACAUAAGUGAGAAUAAAAUCGUUAUCCUGUUGGACUACAUGUUCCAGGAUUUGUACAACCUGCGGUCUUUAGAGGUGGGCGAUAACGACCUGGUUUUCAUCUCCCACCGGGCUUUUCAUGGUCUAAGUAGCCUUGAGCACCUGAGUCUUGAGAAGUGCAACUUGUCCUCUGUGCCAACAGAGGCUUUCACCCACCUCCACAGUUUGAUCACUCUCAGGCUACGCCACCUCAAUAUCAACGUCAUACGGGAUUAUUCCUUCAAACGGCUCUAUCGACUCAAAGUGUUGGAAAUAGCCAACUGGCCAUAUUUGGAUACCAUGACACCAAAUUGCUUGUAUGGAUUAAAUCUCACCUCCCUGACCAUUGCAAAUGCCAACCUGACCACAAUUCCCUAUGUAGCCCUGCGGCACUUGGUUUAUUUGCGCUUUCUUAACCUGUCCUAUAACCCCAUUCACACUAUUGAGGGGAAUAAGCUCCACGAUCUUCUGCGUCUGCAGGAAUUUCACCUGGUAGGAGGCAGACUGGCAAUGAUUGAGCCCUACUCUUUCCGUGGCUUAAACUACCUGAAGAUUCUCAAUGUGUCUGGGAACUCUUUAACCACUUUGGAGGAGUCUGCUUUCCACUCGGUUGGGAACCUGGAAACCCUUGCUUUGUAUGAUAACCCACUGGCCUGCGACUGCCGACUGUUAUGGGUUUUCAGACGGCGCUGGAGGCUGAACUUCAACCGGCAGCAACCUACCUGUGCCUCCCCUGAGUUCGUCCAAGGCAAAGAGUUUAAGGACUUCCCUGAUGUUCUUCAGCCCAACUACUUUACGUGUCGCAAGUCUCGGAUUAGGGAUCGCAAAGCCCAGCAGAAAUUUGUCGACGAAGGAGCCAUCGUUCACUUUUCUUGCCAAGCGGAUGGAGAUCCCGCCCCUGUGAUUAUGUGGCUGUCCCCGCAGAAAAAGUUCAUCACCACCAAAACGAUCGGAAGGCUCUCGGUGCUGCCGGAUGGUACCCUUGAGGUGCGCUAUGCUCAGAUCCAAGACAAUGGUACAUAUGUAUGUAUAGCUAGCAAUGCUGGUGGAAAUGACACCUCUCUUGCUCACCUUCACAUUCAUAGCUACUCACCUGAUUGGCCACACCAGCCCAACAAGACUUUUGCCUUCAUCUCCAACCAGCCAACAGAAACAGGUUCAAACGAUACAAGAGCCAAUGUCCCGUUCCCCUUUGAUAUAAAAACGUUGAUCAUUGCAACCACGAUGGGCUUCAUCUCUUUUCUCGGUGUUGUCUUGUUUUGCUUGGUGCUGCUCUUCCUUUGGAGCAGAGGUAAAGGCAACACGAAGCACAACAUCGAGAUCGAGUACGUGCCGCGGAAAUCAGACGCUGGCAUGAGCAGCAGCACGGUGGAUGCUCCUCGCAAGUUCAACAUGAAAAUGAUCUGAGGAAUUAUUGAAUUUUGACUAGAAAAAUAAGACAAAUGGAAAAGAAGACAUUUUCUUUUCUCUCUUACAAACCUGUGGAUCCUGGUCUGUUAACAUAGAGUAAAAAUGUUUCUUUCCUGACUGAAGCACUAGAGAAGAAGGGCAGUUCUUGACUUUCACCAGUGAGAGGGAAUGAGAGCACAACCAGUGCGACAGGGCAUUGGUGGUUUCUACGAGGCCUGUGUGGGCAUUAAUUGAAAGUCCGUUUGUCAUAAGCAGUUCAUAUUCCUGUGGAUUUAUACUGGGAAAAUAUAUCAGAAAAGAAAAAAAAACACUUCAAGCCGCCACACUCAAGAGGCAGAUCAUAUUUUGGCCAUUGCUGUUUUUGUCUGUAUUUUUUAUUUAGUGUCUUUUUUUUCCAGGAUUAGAAAUGAAUGAGAUUUGUAUGGAUUGAUGAGCACAUUACAUAACAUUGGUGCAUUUCAUGUACAUCAUCAAUACGUCAGUGUUAUAACUGUGUUUGGUCUUUUUCUUUUCAAUAGUGAUGAUUGUUCUGUAAUCCAUCAAAUGUAUAUCUGUGUCACAAAAAAAUACUUGGUAUAAAUGGUUGAAAAGCCCUUUGAAAGGAUUUGAAACACAGAGCAUACACUGAAUUUAAAUGUCACAACUGAAGCAGCUAAUUCUUAUGACCAGUCAAGUACUAAUGGUACUCCACUACAGUUAAAACUGGUCAUCUUAUGACCGAAAAACUGAAAGGUGUAUAAAAGCCCAUCUAUUCAUUCGUUAUCUACGCUAGUGGUUCUCAACUGGUGGGUCCAGACCCAAAAGUGAAUAUGUCUAAAAGCCUUUAAAUACUUUUGUUCCAUUAUCUGAGGUUUUGACAUCAGAAAUGAUGAAUUAUUUAUGAAUUUUCAUUGCAUAUUUACCCAAAACUCAAACAUUACUGGAUUUUUUAAAAGAAAAGUUGGGUAGUUUUCCCAAGAAAGUUGGGUUUUAUUUUCUAGAUUUCUUUUGAGAGUUGUCUUUGGCAUUUCCCCAGAAACUUUUGAUACUCUCUCUGGGACUUUCCUCUAAAUAUAAAAAAAGCAUUGCCAGGACAAAGAGACUUUAAGUACUUUUAAAUUUUAAUUUAUUUAACCUUUAUUUAGCCAGGUUAGUCCCAUUAAGAUCAAAGAUUUCUUUUUAGGAGAGACCUGGCCAAGAAUGGCAGUUAUAGAGUUUUACAAGUCAAACACACUCAGACUUUCACAGUUCACAAUAAAUAAUGGGUACAGUAACAGGAAAACAUCAGCUUAAACAGUGGCAUACAAAGAGUUUGGUUCCAAGAGCUUUCUCUAGAGAUGUAAAAAUACUCACAGUCACCAGCUUUUGCAGUUUAAGUCCAGUCUGCAUGUUGUAUCAAGCAAAAGUUCUGGAGAAUCUAAAAGCCUUCUUUCCCGACUCACUCAGAGAGGAAAGGUAGUCCAGAUUUUUGACUAGAAUGGCUUAUAAAUGAAGCCAAUGUCCAAGACGACACAUACUUAGAGAAUGUAAAGUACAAUCGUGAGUAAGAAAUCGUGAUGAAUCUCGAAGCUCCAUGAUACACAAUGCCCAAAAUGUAAAGACUAAGCAGAGGCAUUCAUGUGCAAAAUAUCACCAUAGUCAAGUAUAGGUAAAAAGGUAGACUCCACCUGUGUCUUUAUGACCCUAAAGGAGACAGGAAACAGGACCUACUUCUGUAGUAAAAAACAAAUACAACCUUCACCUUGUAGCAACACAUUGAAUGUGUUCCUAAAAAAACACAUUUUCACUGAGCAAAAAACCUAAAUAUUUUGGAGAAGGUACCAGCUCAAUUUGUUGACUGCUCUUUGUAACAAUUUUCUUUUCAUUGCCUGUGAGGAUGCAAAGAACAUGAGUUUUAUCUGCAUUUAUUACAAAGUUGAUCCUGGACUUAAUCAAAAGCAUGCUGAAGAUUUGUAAUAGCUUGUGCAGGCGUAGGUGCAUGGCAGUAAAUAACCAUAUCAUCAGCAUACAAAUGCAAUGAGGAGUUGGGAAUAUUCUGUCCAAGACAAUAUAGAUAAAUAAAUAACAGAGGGGCCAGUACAGAACCUUGUGGCAACCCCUUCAUAAUUGAACAGCCUGGGUUCUACCAGGCAGAUAGUUAGCAAACCAACUGAUAGCAUGCUCUGAAAACCCAGUAGCCUAUGAUGGUUCAAUAAAACACAACCGUCUACGGUGUCAAAGGCCUUGGGGAAGUCAAUUAAAAAAACAAAAACACUGUUGGCUGUUAAAGGCUUCAAGAGUGCCACAACUGUCAAGGCAGCAGUAGUCAUACUGUUUUAUUUUUUCUGAAAACUGACCAGAAAUUUGACAACAGAGAGUUGGAAGCUAGGUAAUCUAUGACUUGAUCACUGAUCGAGGAUUUGAGCCCUUUGGAUAAUACUGACGCUUUGGAGAUAGGUCUGUAAUUGUUUAAGACUUUUUUCCAGAAACAUAUAGAAAUUUAAAAUACUUAAAAUUUCAAUAGAAACAUAAGGGAAUUUUGGGAAUGUUCUACCCAAAAGUGUUUGGAUUUUAUCUGUGAUUUUUCCUGAAAACUUUCAGAAAUUUUCCUCUUUAUAUUACAUGUUCUGUCUUCUUCAGUCUUUUUGUUCUGUCACAUUUCUGUAUGAGGUCCAAACAGUACCAUCCUUUAUUGAAUAAUUCUGAUUGACUGACAAAUGCAUCAGAAAUUUGGGUCGUGAUUUGUCAUUAUAGAACUUGUGGUGGGUCCCAAAGCUAGACCAGUUGAGAACCACUGAUCUACACAGCCUGUCUCAUUCAGGGUUGCAGGGAACUGGCGCCAAUCCCAGCUACCAUUGGGCGAGAGGUGGAGUACACCCUGGACUGGUCAAAGGGAUGGCACAAAGAGGCAAACAAGCAGUCACAUUUAGGGGCAAUUUAGAAUCACCAAUUAACUGAACAAGCAUGUCUUGGUAUGUGGGAGAAAACCCACCCAGACUCCACACAGAAAGGCCCUGUCUGAUUGGGAUUCAAAGCAGGGCAAGGUGAGGCUAACUCUUCUGCCAGCGUGCAUUUGGAGAUAUAAGGAUACUUGCAGAUAACCUUGAUUAUUGAUACCAAUUGGCAACAGUGCACUGUAAAAAUAUGCCAUCUGAGAUGACUGCAUUUGUAGAAAGAUGAAUAAAACAAUGUAGUGUUGACAUCUAGAGAAAUCUAUUGUUCAAUGUGGCUUUUUAUGUAGGAUUUUAGCCUCCGGGGAAAUGCUCUGAUCGAGCUUUAUGAGCCCUGUAAAUGAUAUCAGUAUCAGUGUCAUUCAUCCCUAAUUUUCAGAUGGAAGCCAGACAGCGCACAGAUGGAUAGAAGGGAUGAUACAGAAGGGAAUGAGGGAUGUAGCUGAUAUGAUGCUCUGCACCGAAAAUAAACUCAGCAUCUAUCCUGCGGCUUCUCCAUCAAACAGAAUGGUUCGUAUUGGCACCUCGAUACGAUGCGUGUUUAUCCCAGACUCUUUUAAUCACAUUUCAAUUAUGUAAUGGUAUUAUUUUGUGCUCAACAAGAUUGUGAGAAUUCAAACUGUGGUGCUCAUGUUUUUGGAUACAAUGUGCUCCUCAAGCUGUAGAAUAUUUCUUUCAUCGUCGAUUAUGUUUCUUUGUUUUACAAAAUUUAUUUAUGCCGAUGCUCCCCCCCAUCAAAGCCAUGGAAAUACUUCCUUCCAGGAUCAUUUACAGGUUUGCUGUCCCUGGAGAAAUGUUCACCGUUUGUCAGGGGGGAAAAGAACUGCACCUAUUGUGCUCCCAGGUGGCCUGCAUAUCAAAUCUGAGGUUACAGCCUUACUUUUCCAAGUACACACUGUGGACAGCUGGGCUUUACAAACGUGUGUGAGGAUAAAGGCUAAGUUAUUUAUGACGGAUGACAUUACAGACAGCAACACAGUAAUGGGCUGAAAGUAUGGACAGAAUAUGCAGAUGGUUGGAGUGACACAGAUGGUUUCACCCAUGGAGCAAUCUGAAGCAGCUUUGGUGUAAUCCGUUUUGCAUAAAGGAAAAAAAAAACACUGGAUAUGGCUCAUGGUUCUCCCUCUUGCUGAUUAUGAAUGCUCUCUUUGUUCAAAGUGUGGCUACUGUACCUAGCCUUUUUCAGUCCCGAGUGAACCCGGGAUCCUGUUUUUCAUUUCUUUUAUUCCUUUUUUUUUAUUUUUUCACCCUGGACUAUAUUGAAUAUGUAGUCCAAGCCAACUUUUUACUAAAAAAAAAGGUACUAAAAAAGAAAUCUAUGGAAAAUACAUUCAAAUUGUUCUGUGCAAUAAAGGUAAUAUGCAGAUUUUUUUUUUUUAAUUAACAAAAUUUUGUUGAUGUUGAAUUGUUGAGAAUAUGGUAUGUUGUA